GCUCGGAGCUGAAGCCUAAAUCGCAGCAGGAAGAGGUGCAGCAGGAUGUGAGCUCGAAACUUGCUGUGGGAAACAAACUCGGUGCAGAGACAAAACAAACUUCUGCUUCAAAGACAAAAACGGUUCAUACAUGACGACUGACACAUGAAGCAGGUUCAGAUUUUUCCUGCGAGGAUGGUUCAAGAACAGAAAGAAUAAAACUUUCUUUCGACUUCACCUCUUCUGGUGUGACGCGCUUGUUUCUACUCGACCCCGCAGUGCAGCGUACCAAUCGUCACAACGUCACAACUUCCUUAAAACAAACGUUCCUGAUCCAAUUGCUUUCUUUCAGCCUACAUUUUAAUCCCAGGACAGACUGAGACAUUUAGAACAAACUAAGAGUCAGAACACCGGAAAUGUCCGCUGUAAUUACGUCAUUCACUUUGAUGUUUGCCGUGUUCGUCUCUGCAGACCAGAAAACCAUCACAGCUGAGUGUGGACAGGACGUGACUCUGACAUGUCGAGCUCCAAACAGCAUCAACAAGAUCAUAGUUGUAGAGUGGAGCCGAGCUGACCUGGAGCCACAACAUGUUCUUUUGCAGCAGAAUGGGCAGUUCGAUCUAGAAAACCAGCAUCCAUCUUUUAAGAACAGAGUGGAUCUGCAGGACAGACAGAUGAAGGAUGGAGACGCGUCUCUGAUUCUGAAGGAUGUGAUGAUUAAUGACACUGGAACAUACGACUGUCGUGUUCAGAGACAGAGAGAAAGUUUAAGUCUCAUCACCAGUGUCUACCUGCAUGCUCAUCCUCCAGGUCAAUCAGGAUGGAAAGUCGGUGUGUCAGUGUCUGCUGUGCUUCUUGUUGUUGCUGUUGUUGGAUUUUUGAUCUACAGAAAACAUAAACAACAGCAGAGGCAGCGUCCUGAUGAACUGCAGCCUGUUUGAAAUGUCUCAGAGUUUUUCUCCUGCUGCUGUUCAGACUCUGUGUUGUCAGUGAACAUUGAGGUACAGACAGAGGAUCUGAUCAUCCAGCAGACAGACAUCACACACGCCCAGAGUUGGUUUGAUGUUAAAUCCCUCUGAUUAUCAUCAAAGCUGUUCAGACUGUGUCAGUGUGUCUCUGUCUGUCAGACACUCUGUGAACUACAGAGACUCAAAAACUGUAAGGCAGAGAUAAAGUCAGUACAUAACAAUAAGAUAUUAAAUGAAAUGAUUCAGAGUUUUUAUAAAAUUUUAUUUCAAACACAUCUUAUCUUGUCUGUUUGCCAUGUCGAUUGCACAUCAGGUUCAGUUUGUUCUCCAGCUGUUUCCUUCUUACUUUGAGCCACAGUGAGUCUCACAGGAUGAAGUAAUGAUAUCAGUCAUCACGCAAACAUUUCAGAAAGCUGUGCUUUUUCCUUGUCCUCAGACACUUUGGUUUAUUUACCUUAGAGGUGCAGAUUUCUCUCUCACAACACCGCUCACACAUCACUUCAGCCUGUGAAGUGAUUUGUCUUAUGUGGCAAAUGUGUUUGUUCAUUGUUUUACAAACAGUAUUACUGAAUGUUUUUCUUAAUUCAGUCUUGAUUCAUUUGUUUUCUGUCUGUGGAGCUUUAUUUACAUUUGAAGUUUUCUGACUUGUUGAACCAGGUAUAUGGGCUCAAAUUGUGGUCAUAAAUAUUUUGUACUUGUAAAUCAGGAUUUGUAUGUGUAAAAAGAAUUUGUGUG